CAAACACACAAAUAGAAUAAACAACUUUUGAUUGGCAUUUACAAAAAAAACUACAAAAAAUUCAUAGCGACAGAACACAUUCAUUAUUCUAAAACAAUACAUAUAUUUUUUACAUUUUGAAACUAUAGACAAUAGAAAUACACUAAAAUAGUCAAGAAUGUGCAACAUAAAUGGCUCUGAAAAACAGAAAGAGAAGUUAAAGUUUACGGGCUGCUGCAGUCUGAGCGACAGCGAACUUAGCAAGCUCUACAAUUUGGAUUUACUCACCGAUUUGGAACUGGCAGCGGUGGGUGUAGAGCGUGAUUCGUUGAUCGAUGACUAUCGGCAUCUGCACGAGAUGUCGCAGCUGUACGAACUGGAGCAAUUACCAUCGAUAUCCAAGCGAUUUUCAUCAAAACUGCAACGUCCCAAAUUCAAGUCACCGCGAAAGCCGCAAAAACAAUUUCGAUAUGAUCUAUUAAAUCGAUUCUUUCGCUGUAUGCAAUCUGAAGCAGUGGCAUUCUGUCGUUUCAUGGAGAAUGAUUUACAAAUUAUCACCGAUUUUCAACGAGAUACCAAAAUUUUGCUAAUGUCCCCAAAAGAACGUGAAGUUGCAUGUUAUGAUUCAUAUUUCAAUCAUCUGGACAAUCUGUAUUCAAAUGGCAAACAAGAUCUGGUUAUUGCAAUUGUUGCCAAAGUCAUGAUUAAUUUCCAUCGUGAUCCAAAUCCCGUUAAAUUGCUGCCCGGCUUUGGCCGUGGCUACGGACCUCAUUACGCCCGUAAUCGCAUUACGAAACCGAAACUGCCCAAGCUAAGGAAUCUUCAAUAUAACUAAUACAAAUCUGACGAAUGACGAUUAAAAAACAAAACAAAACAAACAAAAAAAAAAGAAAAUACCAAAAAACUUUCGAAAAUGCCAAAAUUUAAAUUGAACGCAGUGAAGUGAAUAAUCUUAAAAAAUACUGCACAUUUUCUUCAUUUGUUUUAUUCGAUUCUUCAUUGAAAUACACUUUCAUUCAGUUAAUAUUAUUUUAAACACA